AAGCAUGAGGCUGUGCACAUACCCUCUCUUCAGAACCCUUUUCAGAAUGACAAAGAAGAACUAACCUUCUUCAGGGGUCUUCAAGAGGUAGUCACCCAGGACAUCAUGCCAGAAAAUUUCGGGUUGACAGCAAUGGAAUGGGACCCUGACAUGUACCCACUGAUUGAGACUAUACACAUUGGGUGCCACAUGUGA